CUACGCAUGCGUACUGCAUACUUCCUCUUACGCCACCACGUGAAAAAUGGCAGCAUCAACAGAAAGUGCCCCUUCACUUCAAACAUCAAAAUCGAGUGAAGGCGAUGAAUUUAAACAAGUAAAACGUAGACCAAAGAAGAGAAAACUACAGGAAGAAUCUUCUGAAUCAGAACCACAAACAAUGGAGACGACAGAAUCGCCACCAAAGCGACCAAAUUUCCCACCCAUCAGUGGUGAUAAAUUGACAGGAGGAAAAACUGACAUGAGAAAAGUACCUGUUCCAAACAAUCGUUACACACCGCUGAAGGAAAACUGGAUGAAAAUAUUCACACCUAUAGUGGAACAUUUACAUCUACAGAUCAGGUUUAAUCUCAAAACCAGAAAUGUAGAAAUCAAGUCCUGUAAAGACACCAAGGAUAUAGGGGCACUUCAGAAAGCAGCCGACUUUGUCCGAGCAUUUUGUUUAGGUUAUGAAGUAGAUGAUGCUCUGGCUCUGAUAAGAUUAGAUGAUCUCUACUUAGAGUCGUUCCUGGUACAGGAUGUGAAGCCACUUAAGGGAGAUCACUUAGCUAGAGCAAUUGGCAGAUUAGCUGGCAAAAACGGAAAGACAAAAUUUACCAUUGAAAAUGUCACAAAGACGAGAAUUGUCUUAGCAAAUAACCAUAUACACUUAUUAGGAUCCUUCCAGAAUAUUAAAAUUGCAAGAACAGCCAUAUGCAGUUUGAUAUUAGGAAGUCCACCAUCAAAGGUUUAUGGAACAAUGCGCACUGUAGCAUCAAGAUCUGCUGAGAGAUUCUAAGUUAUUAAAUUUUGUUAAAUAAGAA